AUGGAAGAGUACUCGAUCAAAUACCUUUUACAAGGCAGCCUUUCUACAGCAUGUGAAAAGGCCAAUGCACCGGGCACCACAUUGUUGGGGUCAGAUGAGGAUUGCAUCAAGGUAUCACAGGCAGCUGGGAACCAAUACACGGAUAUAUCAGAAACGGCUGUAAAAAUACCUAAAUUGUCAGAUGAGCAUUUGAAUGUAGACGACUGCUUCAAUGAAACAAGCCAGUCGGGUACAAAGAAAGAAGUAAACAAGCGAUUUGACGAGACACUGACUGCUGGGCCAAAUCCAUGUCCUGCUCUCGAAAAAGCAGAACAAACAGAAUCAGAACAACUCCAUUCAUCGAGCACUUCGCCAAAAGUGAUACGUUUAGAAGAAGAAACGUUCAACAAAUUUCGCAAAGAGAUGGAGACAGCAGGACAAACAAAACAAAAACGACUCCCUUCAUCGAGCCCUUUUCAAACAGGGAUAAUUUUAGAAGAAGGAACGUUCAAGAAAUUACGCAACAUGAUUGAGAAAGGAAAAAGAAAAGAAAAACGACUAUCUUCAUCGAGCACUUCUCCAACAGUGACCCUCUUAGAAGAAGAAACGUUCAACAAAUUACGCAACAAGGUUGAGAAAGGUUGAUAUUUAUGUUAAUUAAAUAUAAUUAAUAAUAAUAAUAAUGUUGGUAUUAACUAUUUACAAUUAAUAAUAAUCCUUAUGAAAAUAAUAUUAUGUUAGACAUGUAAGUAAUAAUUUUAGUGUGGUAACUCUAGACAAUUCAUAAAAUAAAGUAUAAAUACAGUUAACAAAUCAAAACCAUGUUAUAUCUAGUUUACAAUGAAUUCUACACACCUGUCACAAGUUCACGCUUCUCACAUUAAAGCGACAGUCCUGAGUUUGCUGUAAUUUUAAAGAUGUUAUCGACUAACAGAUACAUUUUAAAGACUGUAAUUACA